CCUCCUUCCUCGUCUGUCAAACCGUCGGUUCUUGUAGUGGGAGGUGGUGAACAGCGUGCAGCAGCAGUGAUGUCAACAACGACGGUCAGUGGGUCAGCCCGAUAAUAGAACACAGUAAACAUGAUCACCACCGAGGCCGCGAGGGAGUUCCAGGUCAAAGAGCGCAAAUACAAAGAGCAGCUGAAGAGAUGUUUAUCAUCUGCUUUGUCUACAGACCUUAAUAGGUUGCUGCAGGAGGAGCUGGAGGCCGAUGUGUCUCUGUAUGCUGGCUCAGGCUCCGUUCGAGCACACAGAGCCAUACUGUUGGCAAGAGCUCCUCAUAUCCUCAGGGGACAGACGCACAAAGAUCCUAUCAUCAUCCAUCUGCCUGGUUGUGAGCUGUCUGGCCUCAAAGAUUUCCUUAGGCGGCUGUACACGGAGGAGCAGAGCAUGCGCUCGGUCGAAAUAAUCCCAGAUGUGGAGGGCUCCAUGCCAGAACACGCUCUUUGUGUUCCCGACCCGGCACAGCUUCAGACUUCCUCUGACUCAGACGGUGCUGUUCUUGAGCCGGCCUCUGGCCUCGGAGCUGACCUGCUGGGUCUUUACCAAAGAGGAGAACAGUGUGAUAUCACCAUCCAAGUAGCAGAGCAGGUCUUCUCCUGCCACAGGGCAAUCCUGUGCGCACGGUCUCAGUACUUCCGAGCCAUGCUGAGCGGGAGCUGGAUGGAAAGCUCCAGACAGUGCAUCACUCUGCAAGGCUUAGGACCAGAUGAAAUGGAAAUCCUGCUCCAGUUCAUGUAUGGAGCCAUUGUGGAUCUGCCCAGCGGAGCCAGCGCCAGUCAGGUGGUGUUGGCUGCAGACAUGUUGGGUUUGGAGGGACUCAAAGAUGUAGUGGAGAUGGUUCUGACCCGAGACUAUUGCCGCUUCUUCCCCAAGUCACUUGAUGGGGUUCAGAGAACAAUCCUUGAGUGCCUGUCCCUUACACAUGCCUUAGGCCUUGAAAACCUCCACGUCCUCUGUAAGAGGUGGGUUGCUGAACAUUUUGUGAAAGCAUGGUGUGAGAGGAACUUUUCCCUCUUGCCUCCUGAGCUCCACAGAGCCUGCUUAACUGCUGUAGCUGAAACGAUGACUGUGCAGAAUGCAGUAACCAUGCUCUGUGGCACUGAGCAGUUGCUCGGCAGUCUCCCUGAAGUGAAGUGGGCCCAGCAGGUGAGGAGCCUGGCCACAGAGCUGCAGGACGAGAGCCUGCGUGUCAUUGUCCAACACUUUCCCAAAGUCACCCACACUCAGGCCUUCCAGGACCUUCGGAGGAGGGAAGAGUUUACCACAGAGCCGACACUGUUGAGGAAGCUGUGUUUGGCCAUCAGGGAGGGUGUUACUGUGGAUAACUGCUGUGAUCUUUUUACUGCGGUGAACUGUCUGUGUGGAGAUGACUCGGAGGAGGAUUUUCACCUGGAGCAGCAAGGGCAAAAACAAGACGAGCCGUUCAGGCAAGAGAUUUGUACGCUGCGUGGGCGGCUCUGGACCUUCCUGCUUCAGACCUUUUACGCCGUCCGCCACACGCAGGGAUGGGAGGCUCUGUCGUCCAAACACAGAGAGAGGAUACUGGCAGAUGCUAUUGAUAAAGGAGACAAUCGAAGACUUGGUAAAAAACCUGUAUUCACUAGCUCACAGUCAAGGGCUUUAAAAUGCCCCUCAUCCACACCUGAGAGUCCUCCUGUGCACAGGACACAGAGGGUGGUAGAAAACAGAAAUUCUGCCUCUCGCAGCGCUGCAUCAGCCAUGAAGUCCGAUGGACUGGGGACGGCGAACAAAGCUGGAGACGGCCACUCAGCCAAGGCGAAGAAUGUUAAGAAACCAGGAGACAGGAGUGUAGCAACGAAAGCAAAGACCGCAACAGCCGGCACGCCAGUUGUCAAUGGCACAGGUGCUGCUGGGGCCAGGCGGGACGUAGCCAGCGCCAAUGGCCCCAGAGGCUCUCAUGGGGCUAAAGAGCAGGACAGAAAGCCAAACCCGGGUGCGAGGCCGAAAACGUCUCCCCCGAGCUGCACGUCCACCAGCCAGACAGCGGCGAUGAAGGCUCAGAAGAGCUCGGCGGGAAAGGCUGACAACACUGCCGGCGCCACCCAAGCCCAACCCAGCGCUUCAUCCACAUCAGGCAGCGCCUCGCCAGAGAACGGCGCCAGCAGCCCUCGCAACGACGCCCACCCCAUUCCAGGUACAAAAUCCAAACACCAGGCCAAGGCGGUGAACAAAUCCCCACUGACAAAACCUCAGAGAUCUGAUACAACAAAGAGCAGCAGUCCAACCAAUAAGUCAAGCGUGAGAGAAGCUAGCAAAGCCAAGGCUGGCGCAAUGGAGAAAGCGUCCACUGGAGUGACAGCAACAAAAGCAGACGCCAAGGGAAGGAGCACAGCAGACCACCAUGUCUCCAAACAUGGGCCCUCAAUGAAGAAGCCAGCUUCCCCCAGGAAGGAGGACAGCAAAGAUGGGUCAAAAUCCUCAGCAGCAGACAAAGCAGCGAGUGAAGCCCCUAAAAAGAAGAUCACUAAACCUGUUUCAGCAACUGGGGCUGCAGCUAAAUCUGGUGCUAAACCAGCAAAAGCCUCUUCAGCCCCCUCCAAGCAAUCCUCAGUAACAGCUGCCAAGUCUGGACCAAAGCUGAAAAGUACUGGUGAAUUAUCUACAGAGAAAGCCUCACCGAAAGCCAAAACAUCUGCUGGUGCCUCCAAGAAAUCUGAAGCCAAAGGAAGAGAAGUUGAGAAUGGUAAGAAAUCAGACUCUAAGGCCGAGUUUGGUCCAGCUGAAAACUCUUCGGUGGAGCAAAAUGAAAAUGCAGAGGCAGGUCCCUGUGACCAUCCUGCAACACCCAGUACACAACCAACGAGCCAGGGUGGAGGUGAAACGCCUCAUCUAGACUCCGAGCCAAAUCAGAAUCUCCAAAACACUUGCACACAGUCAGGAAACACUAAUGGUGCAGGAGAUGAAACCAGUGUUACACCAGCAGCUAAGAACAGCCCCCAAGCCAAAUCUGCCAAAUCGAAUGCUUGCAGACACUCUGAAGGGAGUAAAGUGAAACCCUCUCAAAGCGGUGUCAUCCCCGCUCACAUCAGUGGAGUGCAGGUCCAUGAGAUGAGCUCCCCUAAUUCCCCAAGAGACAGUGAACGCCCCAUAGACACCCCAUGUAGCAUAGGAAGCACCGACACCCCUGUAGAAGACUCCUGGAGCGGCAUCCACCAUCAGGUCAGCCCGGAGUCUGAGACCGGCAGCACACACACCACUUCUUCUGACGACAUCAAGCCCCGCUCGGAGGACUAUGACGCAGGAGGCUCGCAAGACGACGACUGCUCCAAUGAUAGAGGCGUGUCCAAAUGCGGCACAAUGCGCUGUCACGACUUCCUGGGUCGUAGUAGCAGCGACACCAGCACCCCGGAAGAGCUGAAGAUGUACGAAGGCGGGGCCGGACUGAGAGUGGAGGUGCGGUUGCGUGGGAGAGAGGCGGAGACCACCAGCGAGGAAGAGGGCGUGAGACAACGCCCUCGUUCCUGGUUGCAAAGAGACGAGGUUCAGGUAGAAGAGGAGCACUCGGAAGUUGAGGCGACUGUGACUAUAAAAAGUGUCCCUGACCACCAGCUUUUCUCCUCUGAGGAGGAAGAGGAAGACGAUGACGAGGAGGAGACGGAGGACGAGCGGUCAGAAGUUGAGGUUAUUCCUGGUCAGGCUUCGCUUCCGCCAAGCGAGCCAUCGCCGCACUUUCAGGGGAUCGUCAACCUAGCUUUUGACGACGACGGUGUGGACCAGGAGAACGACCAGCCCGACUACCAGUCCUCGUCCAACUUCCGUCGCUCAGUGUUGCUGUCCGUUGAUGAGUGUGAGGAGUUGGGCUCAGAGGAGGGUGGCGUCCAAACUCCGCCUCAGCAGCAAGACGAUGCCUUGACCCCUUGUGACGUUUUCGAGUCUGACUCUACAGUUCAGUCCAACAACGUCCCUGUCAGUGACCAGCAGAACCACUCGCCUCAUCAGCUCGAAAAUACCAGUACGAAGCACAAAGAAGAACAGACGGAAAAGUCUGUGUUCCUUACUGAGAUCCAAGACCCCAUGCAGGAAGAGCAUAAUCAUAUCAAGACGGAUGGAGUUAAGUCCAGCUGUCCUCCUGUGGACUUUGACACUAGAGACCUGCCUCCCCAGGAACGCCCAUGUCACCUGGAUCUGCGGCACACUGAACAGUACAACGGAGGGAUGAGCAGAAAUUACACCCAUCCCUCAGAAAGCAAGAAAGCUGAUUUACACCUAGACUUAAAUGAGCCUCAGCUCACAGGGGACUCUCCUGUACAUGCCGCACAAUCUCCAGCAGGGGACAAUGGUUGUGACAGAUUGGAUCAAACCUCCAAACAUGACCGCCGACCAUCCAAAGUCCUCUCUCCCAUUUACGAGAUGGAUGUGGGAGAAGCCUUUGAGCACUGUUUGGACAAGGACAGGAAUGUUAAACAGCAGGCAGAGGAAGAAAAGCACACACGGGACGGGGAUGAGAGUAGUGAGUUUGCCGAGCGGGACUGGAGUCUGCUCAGGCAGCUGCUCUCAGACCACGAGUCCAACCUGGGCAUCAUAAACCCCGUUCCCGAGGAGCUCAACCUGGCCCAGUAUCUAAUAAAGCAGACGCUUUCCCUGUCGCGCGACUGCCUGGACUCGCAGGCCUUCUUGUCCCCGGAGAAGGAGACUUUCAGACGCUGGGCGGAGCUCAUCUCGCCCAUGGAGGACUCCUCCACCAGCAUCACUGUGACCAGCUUCUCCCCGGAAGACGCUGCAUCGCCACAGGGGGAGUGGACCAUCGUGGAACUGGAAACACAUCACUGAGUACACAGAGGACACCCUGCUGGACAGUUGACGCCUUCUGCUUGAACUCUGAACAUCUUUACAUGGAUUUUGUCCAAGUUUAUUAUAAUUUCUCAUCUUGCUCUGUCUCUUUAUCACGUCCCUUUUUUUCUCGGACUCUACAGAACUCUGAACUUUUUUCCAUUCGCAUUCCCCAUCAUGCCCUCCGUGGACUCUCCUGACACAAACGGGGCUGUUUUGCAUGCUGAUAUUUUUGUAUGUUUGUCUGUUUAAUUAGUGUCGCUUCUGAAGCUCUAGGAAGCUCAGAAAGGCUC